CCCUGAGCCAAUAUAUAUCCUCACCAGAACUGGACCUCAACUAACUCUCCAAAAUGUUUUAAAAUCUCAGUUGAGGAUUGUGUUCCUCCACCUACUAGCAGAGCAAGCUAGUAUAAAUAUAGCAUACCGCAUUUCUUUCCUCUAUCCUUCACUGAAAACGAUCAACCAAUUAACAGAAAGCUCUUCUUGCAACUCCCCGCAAGCAUCUCUUUUCUUUCUAGUUAAUUAGCUCACAUGACAUUCCUUUUCCAAGUGGGGGUUGAGGCUAAGUUAUGGUGGGUGGUGGUGGUGGUGGUGCUGCCUGCUUUAUUCAUCAUGGGUGCAGAAGGGCAUGGGCAGGUGCCUUGCUAUUUCAUUUUUGGAGACUCAUUGGCUGAUAAUGGAAAUAAUAAUUUGCUUGAGACCCUUGCCAAAGUUAAUUAUCCACCUUAUGGUAUUGAUUUUCCUUUUGGCCCCACUGGAAGGUUCAGCAAUGGUCGAACCACUGUUGAUGUAAUCGCUGAAGUUUUGGGCUUUGACAAUUUCAUUCCACCUUUUGCAAGUGUCAAUGGCACAGACAUACUCUUCGGAGUGAAUUAUGCAUCAGGCUCAGCAGGAAUUCUCAAUGAAACUGGCCAGCAGUUGGGCGAGCGUAUACCCUUGGACAUGCAGUUAGAAAAUCACCGAACGAUAGUCUUGCGAUUGGUUGAAAUACUGGGAACAGAGUUAGCAGCUUCUUGGUAUCUCAGCAAAUGCUUGUAUACAGUUGGACUCGGCAACAACGAUUACAUUAAUAACUACUUCUUGCCUCAGUAUUACAAUACAAGCCGAGACUAUACCCUGCUUCAGUACACUGAACUUCUCAUUGAACAAUAUACGCAACAAAUAAAGACUUUGCACAAGUAUGGAGCAAGAAAAAUUGCCUUGUUUGGACUGGGGCAAAUAGGCUGCACUCCAGAUGCAAUUAGCACAUAUGGCACGAAUGGCUCUACCUGCGUGGAAAUUAUGGAGGAAGCAUCAUUACUUUUCAACAGCAAGCUGAAAUUAGUGGUUGAACAACUCAACGCUAAUAUAACAGAUGCAAAAUUUAUAUACAUCAACUACUAUACAAUUGGUGCAGAUUCUAGUGUUCUUGGUUUCACAAAUGCGAGUGCUGGAUGUUGCCCGGUUGCAAGCGAUGGUCAAUGUAUUCCAGACCAAGUUCCAUGCCAAAAUAGGACUGCUUAUGCAUUCUGGGACUCUUUCCAUCCAACUGAGGCUGUGAACGUAUACAUUGGACUGAGAUCUUAUAGUUCAUUACACCCAUCCGAUGCUUAUCCAUUCGAUAUCCGAAAUUUGGUUAUGCUUAAUCAAGAAACUGGAGCUGCCGUGUCAGGGAAAAUUAGCAUAUAUCAGGAAUAAAAUCAUGGGAAUUGUGCUUUGUUUACUUUAUCUUGAUCCCUAAAGUUGUAUGUGUUUAAUUAAUGUUGUAAGUUGUAACAAAUAAUGUUUUAUUAAUGUAAUACAUUCCCGAGAGAUAUCCUGAAAGAGGCAGCUGUUAGGAAUAAUUUAUUUUGUACCUUUUGAAGGACUAAUUUGUUGUAUAUUCAAUAAGAAGCAGGGGCAAGCAGCGGUUUAAAUUA